AAUAUGUUCCCGAAAGACGUAAUCCUACGUCAAAACCACAAACAUUUUCCGUAUUGAAAAAUUUGGCAGCACUCCCACAGAUUACAAAAAUAUCUUCCGGCAUCCCUGGUAAACCUUUUCAUUUCUUGCAAAAAUCCGCGUGCUGAGUUCUGUUAAAAUUUUCAUAAGGCAAGGAUACUGAUAGUAAACUGAAAAAGAAAUCUUUGAAAAGCAGAAAUGAAUAUUUUAAAAAAGUGUUGCCUCUGCCAACAGCCGGCUGACCUAAUGUGCAGUCGCUGCCUGGAGGUGUACUGUUCUGUUGAGUGCCAAAUCCGGGAUUGGUCCGAGCACAAGAAAAUCUGCAUCGUUGUUCCAAAAUUGUACCCGAAUGAUAGCUAUUUGAACAUUUUGGCAGGAGGUGUUACCCUGCCUCUGAAAAGUUCUUCCCUCAUUGAGCAAGCUUCAACACGGAUGUUGCAAAACAAUAGUCGCUCAUUGAAACCAUUACGCAAGCCUAACAUCCCCGUGAGAACGGUCGAAAUGUCGGUUAAUCGCGAAAAUACAGCUAAACUUCCCCAUGGCAAUGGGGAUAAUAAUGAUCCCAAAGACGGCCAUAACUCGGUUAAAGAAUUGAGAAUAACGGCAGCAGAGGAUUGCGAUAAGCCCUUCACGCGACCCACGAUUGAAGAAAUUUCUCCAUCGGAACAAUCCUCGCAUUUUGAUAAACCGAAAUCUCAUUUUUUAGCAACACGAAAGCUCGAAAUAGUCCAACGCAAACAAACGGCAACAAAAUCUGAUAACAGUAUGAAAGAGUCGGAGCCAAAUGCGUGUGCCCCGGCGACGACCGCAAAUAGUCAGACUAAACCAUGGAUGCUACACUUCCCAAUCACGGUUAAAGAUGGAGAAUUCUUCGAAGUCAUAGUCGAAUAUGUAGUGCCAGAUCAACCGAAGCGAGCGUGGGUUAUUUUGGCUUCCCAUGAAGUGGAAUGUGACAAACUGUUGCGUGAUAUCCAUGGACAGUUGAACCCGAAUGGGGAUCUGAUUGCUUACGAUGCCAUCCAGCUGGAUGAUAUUUACGCGGCACCUUUUGAAGACAUUUAUUAUAGAGCGGUAGUUUUAGCGAAGAUCGAACCAGCCAAUGUUAGGAUUCGCUUGAUCGACUAUGGAAACGAUUUGAUAAUACCGGCCUCGGCUCUCCGUGCCCCGCUGCUGUUGAUGAAGAACCUUCGUCGGUUCGCCUUCGAGAUAGAAAUUCAAAAUCUUACUCAACCUCUUGAGGUGUACGAACAUCUUCGUAUUAACGUUGUUGGUUCAGAGGGAGACUGCAAAGUUGUUGAGAUGGAAAAAGAUGUUUCGAUUGAUUAUUUGAUAGAUUCACUGGGAAGCGGCGAAGAGACCAUUGGCAGCGGAGGAAUAAUCGCUAUUUUUACUCCCACAAAAUCACUGGUCAUGUUAUCCAACGCUGCGAUAAGACCGCUUAUGAAGGUUCUCUAUUCGGAGCUACUAGAGGUGGCUCCGAAAUUUUCAUCUGCGAAGAAUCCGAAAGAAGGUGAUUUGAUUUGCAUUGAUUGCUUCGGGGUAGGCUGGUCCCGAGGACUGAUAAUUGCACAGCACGACACAAAUCAAAUCAUUUACACUGUCGAUAACGGAUCGUUUGAAGUUGUAUCGAAUGAGGAAAAUAUUCGGGCGCUUCCAACCCAGUAUAUGUCGAAACCUCACCUCGUCUUGCAGAUGAGCAUUUGCAAAAUAGUAAUGAAUGAGCAGGAGUUUAGACGCUUGUGCUAUUCGAGUGGCUUCGCGUUUAACUUCGAGCGACUGGGUUACGAUAAGCAGCGUCGGGUACUGAAAGGUAUGCUCAAAGAUGCAGAGGGAAAACGAUCGCUUGCCGAGGUCGAAUUCAGCGAAUUCGUGUGCGAUGUCAAGCAAGUUGGCAUUCGCUACUGGUCAGCGAUACCAGAGGAUAAAUGUGCUGUCCGAAUAACAUCGGUUUUGAGCGCAAAUAAAGUGAUCAUUUGUCAGCAAGACAAAAUUAAUGUCUACACCGAAAUGAUGCAAACAAUUCUGCCAACACUGAAACCGCUCGAGGCACUUCCUUCGGCGGAUGAUGUUGUCGUAGGCGUUGAUGAUAUAAUGAUGCCAUACAGAGCGCUCGUUAUGCGGACUGGGUCAAGCAACAAUGAGAUAGAACUACUCGAUCUCGAUAACGGAUGUAUAAAAAAUGUGAUGUUUGGAAAAUUGUAUCACGCUAACAACUUCAUCAGCAAUUUACCGGUACACACAUUGAACGUUGAAAUAAGUGACCUCAACCUCUCCAUCGUGAAGGACUGCGAGAUUGUACGGCUACAACUAGACAGCUACAAGACGGACAAAAGAGCUUUCCGGUUGUUGACGGAGACUGGCUCGAGCACCCACGCGGUAAAGUUAAUUGACACUACAACAAACCGCUCGUUGGCUACGAUUUUGAUGGAACAUCAUAACAUGAGAUUACGCGAGGCAGAUGAAGCAGCUAGAAAACAGCGCGAAGCUGACGAGGCAACUAGAGAAAAGCGCGAACAGGAAGAAGCUGCUGCGCAAAGAGCUAUUGCAGCAGCAGAAGCUCAGGCGAAGGCCGCACAGGAUCGGCUGGAGCGGGAGAAAGCCGAGGCACAUGCGCUAGAACUACAAGAGCGAAUGGCAAAAGUGGAAAUAGAUCCAAAACCUACAGCGACGGAAAAGUUCUAUAUCAAUAAUUUGAUGAUGAUUGAAUUACCUGCUGGAAAAAGUGGCGUUAAACUAACAAUUUUAGAUGAUGGCGACGUAACACGAGGAGUGCUGACAGUUUGUGAAGCAAACGAUGAGAAUGUCGAGCGAUAUAACAAAUUAACAGACCAAGUGAACAAACACGUCGCUUGCAUCGAUGGAGACGGUUAUUGCCCAGAACUAGACGAGUUGUGUGUGGCUAUAUUCGAUGCGGAUAACCUUUGGUAUCGGGCGGUUUGUGUUAAACCACAGCCGGAGCAGAAUACAUUCCUGGUACAGUUUAUCGAUUAUGGUAAUGUGGCCAGUGUUAAGAGAGAAUUCAUUCGUAAGCUGACACAACAACUGAAUUUCCCAUGUGCUGCGCAUACGUGUGCUAUCAAUGAAAUGGACAAACAGCAAACAACAAUCGGCAAACUAGCUGAACAGCAAUCGCAGCUGGGUUAUGUGAUUGCAAAAGAAAUUCGCUCAGAAGGGGAAAUUUAUUCAUUGACUUUCUAGAUAUCUUUUUAUAGAAUAAUAUUAUCAAAGUUGUUUAACCAUACCAUGUAAACCAUGUUAAGCCGUUGUGUUGAACACUGUGGAAGUUCUUUUUUUUGUAUUUUUUUCAGCAAUUUCUAAAUUUUGAAUAAUUGAUUCUUUUUGUUGUAUCUUUCGUUUAAGAUAUGUAAUAAAUAUGAUACUUAGAACACUUUGAAUGACAAAUGAAUCAAGUUGAAUUGACAGAAACAAUACAUAAUCUCAACUCGUGUAACAUAUUCAGCUCUCCGGGUAGCAUUCAACUCGUCUUUAAUCUCAGUUUCUUGAAAUAUCAGGUACAGUAGAACCUCGAUUAUCCGCAGUUUAGUCUGGCCACGUCACCUCGGGUAACGAA